GAUUUCAUAUUACAAGUAUCCAGUGGAUAAACACGAAGUUACAUAACGUACUCAUUUUUUUCUCGAUUUUGCUCGAUAAAGUAAUUUUACUGUGAUAGUCUUAUCCGGAUGUGUUUCUCAUCCACGUUAAUUUGACUUGUCUAGCUGGCUGCCAAAUCCAGUCGAGAGAACACGAGCGAGCAAUUUUCACGUAAAAAUCUGUCGAUUUGUCGGAUAUUUCUGCACGUCGGAUAACUUUCUGCAGACUUCUGCGCUCCCAUCCGCGUCAUGAAGUCCACUUUGUGUCCCACUCGACGCCCGCUGGCCAACUAAAAAGGUCUAGCCGCCGUCACCCGAUGUCGCCGCAACCUCAACUGAGACUCCUGUUCAUGAACGGAGGCAUAGUUCACCAUCUGGAACUCAACGGAUGACAGGACACUAGUGGACAUGGAGACGGGGGAGACGCCAUAUCUGCUCCCACGCCGUUCUCCGCGUUAAACUUUUCCACUCAGGCAAAAGUUAUUUUUAUAUUUGCAUUCAGGGACUUUUUUUUUCACAUAACUUCUUUACCAAGCCAUACCCGCUUGUCGCCAUCAUGGCAUCUGAAGGCUUCCAGUACCGUGCGCUUUAUGACUACAAGAAAGAGCGCGAGGAGGACAUCGACCUGCACGUGGGCGACAUGCUGCUUGUCAGCAAAGGGGCGCUAUUGGUGCUUGGCUGCAGUGCCGGUGCCGAGGAGCGACCCUCGGAGAUCGGGUGGCUUCCCGGCUUCAACGAGACCACGCAGGAAAAGGGUGACUUCCCAGGCACCUACGUGGAGUUUGUGGGCAGGAAGCGAAUGUCACCACCCACGCCCAAGCCCCGACCACCCAGGCCUCCGUCGGCCGCGUCAAUGAGAACCGACUCAGAGUCUGAGGCCGUCACUUUGCCAGACCUUCCAGAACACUUUGGACCACCUGAUACGGCUCCACCCCUUCUCUGCAGACUGAUGGAGGCUGUUGAAACCAAAGGCGUGGACGGUCCGGGUGCGUACCACAAUGUGAGCGCCGGAAGUUUGGACACGAGGCAGCUGGCUGAGGCCGACCUAGAACAGAUGGACGUGUCAUCUCUGUGUGACGGAGUGGUGCGCUUCCUGCAGGACCUUCCCGGGCCUGUCCUGCCGUCCUCACUGCAGGCCGACAUGAUCCAUGCUGUGCAAGAGGUCCGAGACCCCGAGGAGUGUUCCCGGGUUCUGCUGGGAGUGGCCAGCUCUCCGACGUGUGCCGCCCAGUACGGCCUAACCCUGCUGAGCGUGGUGCGACACCUUGCCCGACUAUGUGUUCACGCAGCCCGCAACCAGCUCAGCGUUCGAGGCCUCGCUGAGACCUUCAGUCCGGUGCUUUUCAGACAGACUACCAUGGGGUGUGAGUCAGGUCCAGACCCUAUGAUUCAGGUCCUGGAGGUCCUGAUCAGCAGCGAACUCAACAUGAACCAGGCUGCUCCAGCUUUACCUCCCAAACCCACCAAGCCGUCCGCGGCGUCUGCAUCCGCCUCCGCCGCUCCGUGCACGUUUAACAACAGCAUGGCACUGCAUGAUGCAGAGUGGUACUGGGGCGACAUUUCCAGGGAGGAAGUGAAUGAGAAACUACGGGACACGGCUGAUGGAACCUUCCUGGUCCGGGAUGCCUCCACCAAGAUGCAUGGUGAUUACACGCUCACGCUCAGGAAAGGGGGCAACAACAAGUUGAUCAAGAUCUUCCACCGCGAGGGCAAGUACGGUUUCUCGGAUCCGCUGACUUUCAGCUCGGUGGUGGAGCUCAUCAAUCACUACCGGCAUGAGUCCUUGGCGCAGUAUAACCCCAAGCUGGAUGUCAAGUUGCUUUACCCGGUCUCCAAACACCAGCAGGACCAGGUAGUGAAGGAGGACAGCAUUGAGGCAGUAGGAAAGAAACUCCAUGAGUAUCACCUGCAGUACCAGGAGAAGAACCGCGAGUAUGACCGACUUUAUGAGGAGUAUACCCGAACUUCUCAGGAAAUCCAAAUGAAACGCACGGCCAUCGAGGCCUUCAACGAGACCAUCAAGAUCUUUGAGGAGCAGUGCCAGACGCAGGAUCGCUUCAGCAAGGAGUACAUCGAAAAGUUCCGCCGCGAGGGCAACGACAAGGAAAUCCAGAGGAUUAUGGAGAAUUAUGACAAGUUACGCUCUCGCAUUAGUGAGAUCGUAGACAGCAAGCGUCACUUGGAGGUGGACCUGAAGAAACAGGCUGCCGACUACCGGGAGAUCGACAAGAAAAUGAACAGCAUCAAACCAGACCUCAUCCAGCUGCGCAAGACCAGAGACCUAUACCUCAUGUGGCUAACGCAGAAGGGGGUCAGGCAGAGGAAGCUUAACGAGUGGCUGGGACUGAAGAACGAGACUACCGAGGACGAGUACAGCAUGGUAGAGGACGAUGAGGACCUCCCCCACCACGACGAACGUCUGUGGCGUUUGGGCAACAUCAACCGCAGUCAAGCAGAGACGCUGCUGAGAGGGAAGAAGGACGGAACCUUCCUGGUCCGAGACAGCAGCAAGCCGGGAUGCUACGCCUGCUCUGUCAUGGUGGAGGGCGAGGUCAAGCACUGCGUCAUCAACAAAACCAGUACGGGCUUUGGCUUCGCCGAGCCGUACAACCUGUACGCGUCGCUGAAGGAGCUGGUGCUGCACUACCAGCACACGUCGCUGGUGCAACACAACGACUCGUUAAACGUCACGCUGGCCUUUCCCGUCUACAGCCAGCAGAGGCGCUGAACGUUCCGGCGCAGGCCGCUCGCCCCAUCGUGCUUAAAUCGGAGCGAUUCGUUUGUUACUCCCUGGAAUUUUCCUGUCGUUCCCUAGCUAAUGAUUGGGUUGCUGUCUCAUUCCCUACUAAUCACUAGAUGAGGAUUUUUAUAUAAGAAUUCCUAAAUAGUGAUUACGGAAUCUUCACUUCUCAUGGUUGGUUUACAGCUCUUGGUGUGGAAAGCUGUGAAAUAACUCAGGAGCCCAACCCCCCCCCAACUCACGGCUGACUUUCAAAAUAAAAGGUACUGAAGUGGCAAUGCUACACUGUGAUAUGCGGACCGCGUCAUUCCAAAGACUUUCCUCCAGGACUCAGGUGCUUCGGCCACUUCUUUUUCCGCUCCGGUCGGGCGGGGGAACGAAAAAGCCCUAAACAUUUCAACAUAACCUCAGUAUUUUUCUUCAAGCUCUUGUUAUGAAACGAUGCAAAACACUUUAAAGUUCAUUCAGGAUCAAUAAAGACAUUUUGUUCCUUAA